AUGAUGCCUCGUCACUCUCGUGCUGGCCUUGAGAUGCCCAGACGCUCGUUCUUCGCCGUCUUUGCCUUGAUUUCGUUCGUGCUGCUCGUCACCAUCAGUCUCUCCCAGCUAGGCACUCGACAAGGUGCCACCCUCAAGUUUGAACGCAAUGCCGACGGAGAGUGGCAUGCCAAACCCAAGACGCGUGCCGCGGCGGGCGACAAGUACCUCCUUGGUGUUGGCAAGGCUGACAUCACCGGCCCUGUCGUCGAGAUUGGCUUUGCAGGGUACGCUGAUCUGAGCCAGGUUGGAACCGGCUUGAGACAGCGGAUCUACAGCCGUGCUUUCAUUGUCGGGGAUGUGAGCAAGCCGAGCGAUCGCUUCGUCUAUCUUGUGCUAGAUACUCAGAGUGGUGACACGGCCGUUCGCAAGGGCAUCCUCGAGGGUGUUGCAGCUCUUGGUUCGGGAUACUCCGUGUAUAACAAGAACAACGUUGCCGUGACCGGUACUCAUAGCCACGCUGGCCCAGGAGCUUGGUUCAACUACCUCCUGCCGCAGGUCACUAGCUUAGGUUUUGACAAGCAGAGCUACCAGGCUAUUGUUGACGGUGCAGUUCUCUCCAUCAAGAGGGCACACGAGUCUCUACAAGAGGGAUACCUCGACGUCGGAACCACCGAAGUCACUGACGGCGCCAUUAACCGCAGCUUAUAUGCCUACCUCAACAACCCCGCGGCAGAGAGGGUCAAGUACAGCGCCACCACUGACACGACACUGACCCUCCUCCGCUUCCAGCGCGCCUCUGAUGGCAAGAACAUGGGCGUCCUCACCUGGUACCCAACCCACGGCACGUCGAUCUUGCAGAAUAGCACGCACGUAGCGGGCGACAACAAGGGUGUCGCGGCGUAUCUUCUCGAGAAGGACCUCGCGAGUGACGCGAGCGCCGCACCAGGCUUCGUAGCCGGCUUCAGCCAGGCGAAUGUGGGUGAUACCACGCCCAAUGUACUCGGCGCCUACUGCGAUGACGGUUCCGGCCAGCAGUGUAGUCUGGAGAACAGCACCUGUGCCGACGGCAAGAGCCAGUCGUGCCAUGGUAGAGGCCCCGCGUUCCAAAAGUUGGAUCUGGGUAUCUCGAGCUGCUACGAGAUUGGACGUCGUCAAUACGCCGGUGCCAAGUCUGUCUAUAAUGCUCUUGCUACGACUUCCACUCCUGUCACUGGCACCAUCGUCAAGUCCUUCCACUUCUUCCAAGACAUGUCCUACUUCAAAUUUCCCCUCGCAGACGGCACCAUCGGCCAAACCUGCCCUGCUGCGCUCGGCUACUCCUUCGCUGCGGGAACUUCGGACGGCCCCGGCGCCUUCGACUUCACCCAGGCCGACUCUGGCACCCCCGAUGCCAACCCUCUCUGGGCAGUCGUCUCCGGUCUUCUCAGAACACCCAGCGCUGAGCAGGCUGCGUGUCAACAACCGAAGCCCGUGUUGCUAGACGUUGGUGAGAUGAGCACCCCGUAUGCUUGGAGCCCCAAUAUUGUAGACAUUCAGAUGCUUCGUGUUGGACAGCUGGUCAUCGUCGUUGCUCCCGGUGAGGCUACGACAAUGAGUGGGCGGAGAUGGAAGGCUGCUGUCAAGGAGGCUGCGAAGAGUAUUAUUCCUAAUGAUCCUCUUGUUGUCCUUGGUGGUCCCGCCAAUACCUAUGCCGUAAGUUUUGCAAGCUUCCUUCUCUUGAUAGUCACUGACAGUUUCCAGCACUACAUCGCGACCCCCGAAGAGUACGCCAUCCAACGCUACGAGGGUGCGUCGACCCUCUUCGGACCCAAUACUCUUCCAGCCUACAUCAACCUUACCGUCUCCAACAUCGCCUACCUCUCCCCCUCUUCCACGUCCACACGCGCAGCGGGUCCCUCGCCUCCAGACAACCGAGCCAACUCCCUCUCCUUUAUUACUGGCGUUGUCGUAGACGGUGCGCCAGCAGGCCGCUCCUUCGGACAGGCCAUCGGACAACCGUCGGCGUCGUAUACUCGCGGUGCGGUAGUCAAUGCCACGUUCCAAGCCGCGAACCCGCGGAAUAACCUUAGGCUCGAGGGCACGUACGCCGCGGUCGAGCAGCUACAGAGCGGAAAAUGGGUGCAGAUCAGGACCGACGCGGAUUGGUUCCUUGUGUACACUUGGACAAGAACGAAUUUCUUGCUCGGGUAUAGCGAGGUUGUGAUUAGUUGGGAGACUGGAACCAGUGAUGGGGCUGGGCCGGGGACGUAUCGCAUCAAGUACUAUGGUGAUUCGAAGCCGUUAAUUGGAAGUAUCUCGACUUUUGAGGGAACAAGUGGAAAUUUCACCCAACCCAUCCUGCACAAUGUGGCAGUAACAUCCGAGUACGUACUUCUUCAUACAUUCAGCAGGCGGCCUAUCACCACUCAGCCUGCCUGCAAUUGGAACCACGAGGGCUUCUCAAGGAUAGCGCUAUCAAAACUUCAUGCACAAGAUAUGGAUCACGAGGAGUCCCAAGACUGCGAUUCCUCGAGGAAUGCAGACUUUUGUAAAGAGUGUUGGGACGCCAUUAUCUUCGACGAUAGUGCCGACGAGUUUUUCGGGGGCACUAAUCAGGCAGAUGAGCCAACCCUGCGUCAUUCUAGAGAGGGCGGCGAUAUAAUUGCACUGGAUUCUGAGCGCUGUUGGAAUGACACACUACCCGACUUGCCUAUGAUGGCUAAGACCGCUGCGGAUGGCUGCCGUAUGUGUGGUUUCCUUCGGGAAGAGCUCAUACGACAGAAAAUGGGCCACGAUGGCGACAUUUUUAUCAUUGCAGGAUACCUGUUUGGCGGACAAGGAUAUAAGUAUGAGACCAUCGACACAGAUCCUGGCUUGGCCUUCUGGACAUGCGAGGUCUAUGUGGUCGGAACAGCAACCGAUAAUCCGGACGGGUCCAAAAGAAUUACGUUUCUUACUUUUGAUAUUGAGUCAAGCGACAAGGAUUUGCACCAAUGGCUUAGGGUGCACGCGAAGCCCGCCCCCGGACCAUUGGAUCCGGCCAGUGUUGAAUGGCUCCAGGCACAGCUCCAAGAAUGCGACUAUCACUGUGACCUUGGAAAGCCAGAGGUGCCAUUCUUACCCACCAGACUGAUACAUGUCGGUCAUAUUGAGGAUGACGCACCUCGACUUGUCAUCGUUGAAAACAUGCUCGACUCUGGUGUGGUUGAUGCUCUCCAAUAUGCGACACUGAGCUAUUGUUGGGGAUCCAAAGAAGACGCUCUCAAGCAGACAAAAACUACCAAAGACACCAUUUUAACCCAUCUACAAGGGAUACCUCUUAGUUCCUUAAGUCCUAUCGUACGGGACACCAUCAAGGCCUGCAGGGCGCUCGCGCUUGACAGGGACCUCGCACGAUCUUCUUGGCAUAACAGGGGCUGGACCUUUCAAGAGAUAACAUCUGAAAACGGAGAUAUCGACACCAAUUCGAUUUUCGGCCAACUGCAAGUUGCAAUUCGGAGAGCUCUUGGAAAACCUUCCGAGCAGUCGGAUCGCUCAGCGACUAUCAAGAUCGAUGUGUACGGCAACUGGGAGUCUGUGCACGAGGUCGGUAGAAGGGCCUGGACAUAUCGCGAGGACAUUCUGCCCGGACUUGCCGGUAUCGCUAAGGCAUUCGCAACACUUACGGGCGACACAUAUCUGGCAGGCUUAUGGAAAGACGAUCUACAUAUACAGCUGCUUUGGUACAUGCUACGACCACCAGCCGGUGAAUUGGCCUUAGUUGUGCACAGCUUGCAGCACACACAUCCGUACGUCACGCCGUCAUGGAGCUGGGCUUCACAAGAAGACUACCAGGAGGACUUGGUUGAAAUAUCAAUGAGCAUAGCUUAUGAUGAUGAGAUGGUGAAAGGAAAUUGGGUGCGCUCAUAUUCUUCUAAGAGAAUGCCUCGCCAUAACAGGCCCGACUUUGCGCUGCUAGACUACCGCAUGGAUCUCCAAGGGAGCAACGUCUUUGGGGCUCUGACUGGAGGCUUCCUUCGACUAAAGGGUAAAAUUUGCCCGUUUCCUUCGGACGUCACAAGGCAGGUCUCGACGCCCUAUGAUGACCGUCGUCUAUCAUACGGGCUAUUUUCAGGCGGUAUUGGGACUUGCAUGCUUGACUGGGGCGUUAGCGAAACCAUGGCACCAGCGCCAGAGAGUAUGCGAUUGAUUUUGGUGUCGAGCUGCUGCUCGGCAACAGUGAACUGGGAAAACCUGAAGUAUAUGGCGAAUUGUGACGACGAAGACUUUGACGACUGGAUGCCGAGUGAUGCGGAAGUUGGCGGCAUGUCGUUUCCCAACGGCUAUGAGGACAUCGAUGUGUGCCGAUACUGCGCUGACCCAACGCAAAGCGUACUCGAUAUGGCCUUGUGA